GGAACGUGGAUGGUAGGGGCGUAAUUGGUAUAGAAAUCCGGCUAUAUAUACGCACCAUCGAUCGUAUGUCGCAUCAGUUUCGUGAGCCUCUUCAGCUCAGGUCGUCACUUCUGCUCGCCAGACAGGAAUCACACUUACCACAGCAGCCAUGAAGCUGAUCGUCGCUCUCUGCGCCCUCGUGACCGUCGCUUUUGCGGCACCCCCCCAAUACACCCGAGAUAACAGCCAGACCGUGGUCGUGAAGGAGACUCCUCUGGACAACAUCGGCAUCGACGGCUACCAGUUCGGUUACGAGCUGUCGAACGGCGAGAGCCGCCAGGAGUCCGGCCAACUGGUGAACGCCGGAACUGAGAAUGAGAGCAUCGCCGUUCAGGGUAGCUUCAGCUACGUCGACCCGGAGACCAACGUCAGAUACACCGUCAACUACAUCGCCGAUGAGAAUGGAUUCCACCCGCAGGGCGACCACUUGCCAGCUUAAACUAUCGAUGAAUUUAGCUUUUAAAUAAACUUACCUUUACGUAACA